AGGAACAGAUGAGAUAAAUCAUGAACUGUUGAGGAUGAAACAUAGAGUGGUUGAUCUGUCAAAAAAGUAGGAGAAACACUUGUCACUCCGUAGAAUUUGAUGUAUUCUAAUUAACAUAAAUGUGAAAAUAAAAAGCACUUGUGAAUAUGGCCUUUCUGGAGUGGAGACGUUUUAAUUUUUUCGACCUCAAGAAAGAAGUCGACUCUGGAAAAAUUGCUGAAGCUUUAGGGGAUGCUAAAGUAACAGCGGCAACUAGUGGAAAUGGAAACUUGGUUUUUGGGGAUAGUACUGGGAACGUACGAUUGGUCAAUAGAAUGUAUAACGUAGUAAGCUUCAAAGCUUAUGAAGACAGUCUGACAUUAGCACAACAAGUUCAACAUUCCACAUACCUUUUUACCAUAGGAGAAGAUGAACCAGGCUGUAAUCCUAUUAUAAAAGUAUGGAAUCUAGCAAAACCUGAUAAACAAGGCAAUCCAACUUGUGUUAGAAUUAGCAGAGCAGUUCCUGGUUAUAGAGCAGUACAGGCCACUGCACUCUGUGUUCAUUCAAGCCUUACCCUGAUGGCUGUUGGCUUCGGUGAUGGCUCUAUUAUGCUUUACAGAGGUGACUUGACUAGAGAAAGAAAAAAUAAAAUAAAAGUGCUUAAGGACAGCAGUGCUCCUAUCACUGGACUAGCCUUAAAAACCUCUGGCAGACAGCACCACAUGUUUGUAGCCACAACAAAUAGUGUAUUUCUUUACAACAUAACAGUAAAAGAUAAAGAAUUCAAAUCUUCCUUGGAUAAUAUGGGUUGCUCAAUGAAGUGCAGUGUCCUUGCUGAGACCAUUCAGGAUAGCCAUUUUAUGAUAGGCCAGGAUGAUGCAAUAUACUGUUAUACUCCGGAUGGCCGAGGACCGUGCUACGCAGUGGCAGGUACAAAAAUAAUGCUGGAAUGGUUCCGGAGUUACCUUGUUAUAAUAGCAAAGGAAGCAGCCAAUGUCCCCAGGACUACUACCACGAUAUCUGCCAAGCCCAAUACAAUAGAACCAAUACCACCAGGUGUCGAUAAACACGUAAUCACGGUUCUUGACAUUCAAAAUAAAUUCAUUGUAUUUUCUGCAACAAUGCUAUCGGUGCAAGCUGUCUUAUCAGAAUGGGGUGGCUUCUUUAUCCUAAGUGGCGAUAAUAAACUUUAUCAUCUAGAUGAAAAGGACCUACAAUCUAAAUUAGCAUUGCUCUUUAAAAAAAAUCUAUACGACGUUUCCAUUAGAAUAGCAAAGAACCAACAAUAUGAUGCUGAAGGACUGGUUGAUAUAUUUCGCCAAUAUGGAGAUCAUCUAUAUUCAAAAGGCGAUCACGUUGGGGCCAUAGAACAAUACAUUAAAACUAUAGGGCACCUAGAGGCGUCAUACGUUAUAAGGAAAUUCCUGGAUUCCCAGCACAUAGAUAGUCUCACAACAUAUUUACAAGCUUUACAUAAGCAGGGACAUGCUACGGAAGAUCAUACUACGUUACUCUUGAACUGUUAUACUAAACUCAAUCAUACAAAGAAACUCAAAGAAUUUAUAAUGACUAAGGACAGGGAAGUAGAUUUUGAUGUUGAGAUUGCUAUAAAAGUCUGCCGACAAGCAUCACCAGAGGAUGCAUUACUUCUAGCUCAGAAGCAUGGGCAGCAUGAAUGGUAUCUUCGGAUUCAAAUAGAGGACAAGGGUGAAUACAAAAAAGCUCUAGAGUACAUGGCAACUUUGGACUUUGAAGAGGCUGAAGAAAAUACAAAGAAGUACGGUAACGUUCUGAUAGAGAAUAUUCCCCAGGAGGCAACCCAAUUCUUAAAAAGUCUUUGCACAAACUAUAGACCUUCAAAUAAACCACUGAUUGAUCAGAAUAUGUUGGAUGGCACUAUCGAACAGCACGUGGACAGGGCUAAUCCCGAGGACUUUAUACACUUGUUUCUGAAUAAUUCAGAAAGACUAGUGGAGUUCCUUGAGCACUUAAUCAAGUGUGAUGGCAAAUGGAGCACCCUGGUUUAUAACACUCUGGUCGAACAUUAUCUUCACGUUUGGUCGGCUCUUGACAAUGAAGUAACGAAAUUGCAGUAUGAACAGAAAGUCGUUCGGCUCUUGCAAAGUUCAGAGGCCUCUUAUGACAAGGAUCAAAUAUUAAUUUUAUGCCAUCAACAUAAUUUUCGGAGAGGAAUUCUCUAUCUCUACGAGGAACGGAAACUAUACCAAGAGAUUCUACAGUACCACCUAAGGGAAGGUGAUAGCGAGCAAGUCCUGGCGACUUGCAAAAGAUUUGGUCAUCAGGAUCCAAAUCUAUGGAUACAGGCUCUAUGGAGCCUAGCGAGGAACAAGAAUGCACCGUCGAAACUUCUUGCAGAUAUCCUUACGUAUAUUGCCAAAGAGAAACUUCUGUCACCGCUCAUGGUUGUCGAUGCACUGUCGACCUCGUUAUCCUGUACGCUGGGUGACGUUAGGUCGUACUUGAAUAGUGUUCUACGUUCAGAACAUGAACAAACGAAAGCGGAUGCUGAACUGACGGAAAAAUAUCGUGCAGACACUAUUAAGCUAAGAGAACAAAUAGAGGUUAUUAAAAAAAAUACAAUUAUUUUUCAAGGGUCACGUUGUAGCGCCUGUCAUCAUCAGCUGGAAUUGCCAUCAGUUCAUUUUAUGUGUCAGCACUCUUUUCAUCAACAUUGUUUCCAGAGUUUCUCCGAGAACGAGAACGAGUGUCCUACGUGUUUGCCCAAUAAUAAGAAACUUCUCGACAUCAUCAAAGCCCAAGAACAAUCCAAGGAUCUUCAUGAGACCUUCCACAGCUUACUGGAUAGAGCUGAGGACCCUUUCUCUCUAGUAGCUGAUUAUUUUGGUCGAGGUGUCUUCAAGAAACUGACUGUGAUAAUUGACGCCGACGGAACUCCUGCAGUGCCACCAUCCGUGGCCAAGACGACAAGUGUUAAGUUGUCAGACAAUAAACCAAAUUAUAAUGCCUAUGGACCUGGUGCCGAGGCUAAACUUAGACUGACAGAGGGCAGAAAUACCACCCUGGUAAAGACGGAACCUCGGCGCCUAGGAAAUGAAAUCUCAGCAGCAAUCCCCAUGUCCAAUGAUCGUGGAAGAUUAUUUCCAAAGCCGGAUAUCUAUUCUUCAUCGUUGGAAGCCAAUAUAUCCGGUACAGGAAGUAACAUUUCUACGCCCAAACUGGCUUCCUCGAGAAAGGCUUCCCCGAUUCCCAUCAGGGAAGCUCGGAUACUGAACAACUCCACACCUAAAUCAUCGCCGGCGCAAAAGUCAUUUAUACCGCCAAAGACACCCAUCGCCCCGACGAAUCCUUUUACAGGUGAAGAGUACGACGAGGCGAUGAAUCCUUUCUCCGAGGAUAAAGAUGACGACGUGCAUAAUUCUGUCAAGAAUGACGAUGCCGAUGAUUACGAUAAAAAUCUAAAUCCAUUCAGCAGCUAAUCGACGGGCCCGAUGACUAAAAUUUUUUAUCAUUGUUGUUGUCACAGUGUAUAUUAUCAAAGUGUGCUUCACAACAAUGUCGUACAAAAGAUUAUUAAAAGAUAAUAAAGUAAUAAUGAUGUAAAA